AUGAAUUCAAUCCGAGAGAGAGAGAGAAGAUUCAAACCUUCGCUUUUGUAUGGAUCAGUUUUUGAGCGGCGGUUGGUAUUGGAAGGGGUCGGAUGGAAUGGCGGCUGAGGCUGAGGCUGAGGCUGAGGCGGAGGCGGAGGCGGAGGCCGAGGAAACAUUUUUACGCGCAUUGCGGGAUGCCGAGUACGGAAAUUGGAGUCCCUAUAUAUUCUUUCAUGCGACGGUUGAAUGCCCCUAAGAAGAGGCACGUUUCUAGAAUUCCCAUUAUGGAUCCCACCAAGCUGCACCUUCGAUCUAGCAGCCGACCCAAUUUGUUCGCCAGGACCAACUUCAAGAAUUCCUCCAAAUCCAGAUGCUGGCUUCCCCUUGCAGCCCUGCUUGCGUUUGCUUUCUUGUUCUCUUAUAUCCUCGUUUUUACAACCAACUUCCGCAGCUCCUUGAAGAGAAGGUACGGAAUCGUUAUCGAUGGAGGUAGCACAGGGACUCGACUCCACGUGUUUCGCUACAGAGUAGAGGGUGGUUAUGGGGUUUUUGAUUUGGGCGAAGAGGAAUUGGCGUCGAUGAAGGUGAAUCCUGGGCUGUCGGCGUAUGCAGAAGAUCCAGACGGAGCUGGAGAGUCUUUGGUGGAGCUUUUGGAGUAUGCCAAGACUCGGGUUCCAAGGGAUCAAUGGGGGGUCACUGAAAUUCGGUUAAUGGCAACGGCGGGGCUAAGAGUGCUGGAAUUGGAUGUACAGAACCGCAUAUUGGAGUCUUGCCGGUGGGUGCUUCGCUCUUCGGGCUUCAAAUUCCGGGAUGAAUGGGCGUCGGUCAUUACAGGUUCUGAUGAAGGGACUUAUGCGUGGGUUGCGGCUAACUAUGCACUUGGCACUCUUGGAAGCGAUCCCCUCGAGACAACUGGAAUCAUUGAACUUGGUGGAGCUUCUGCUCAGGUUUGUAUUGACCUUAUUUACUUUUAAUCAGGCACAGUUUGU